AUGAUCUUCAACCCAUCCGCAUUCCAUCCGACUUCCUUCCCGUACCUCGGUGCUGUUCCCAAGUACCUCGCAAUUGUCGAUGUCGGUUAUGCCGAGAAGUUAUAUUGCGAAACCCUUAUUUUAUUGCUCAUUUUGUGUGCAAACGAAGGGGAAAUCAGGGAUCUUGAACGAUAUACUUCAGCUACUUUUAAGGAGCUGUUAAGUAAUGGAAUAGUAGAGUUAAACGGUCAUAGGAUAGUGAGAGACUGCUUGGGGAUAUAA